AUGUCCGAUUUUCUUCUCUUUUCCCUUCUUUCCUUCUGUUUUUUCUGCACUUCAUCGUCUACCACCCGCCACUGCGUUCAAAACCUACAACAGGGAGCUCACGGUUUCUGUGUUUCCUCCUCAAACUACUCCAAUAUCCGCCUUGCAUGCAAAUCCACGCGCUUCCCAUGGCUUUGCGAGACCUCCCUUUCGCAAACUUCCCUUCUCCCGGCUAAUCCAACCUCCCUCGAUUUCAUCCGAUCAGCCCUUUCCGUUUCUUACGAUAACCUCAAAACGGGACAGUCCAUGGUGAAAUCCAUCCUCGAGUCCUCGGAAGGCAACCUGAACCGCACCACCGCCGCCACCGCCUGUGUGGACAUCCUUUAUUACUCCGACUACCGCAUCAGGUCGACGAAUGAUUCCCUGACUCGAGGAAAGAUCAAGGACGCUCGUGCAUGGAUGAGCGCCGCCCUUGUCUACCAUUACACCUGUUGGAACGCGCUCAAGUACGUGAACGACACCAAACUGAUCGACGAAACGAUGGCGUUCCUGGACGAAUUGACGCGACACACUAGCAACGCGUUGAGCAUGAUAGUGGCUUACGAUAAUUACGGCAAGGACAUCUCCACAUGGGUCCCUCCCAAGACGGAACGGGACGGGUUUUACGAGAAGGUGUCGGGUGGGACGGAGCUGCGGUCUAAAGGCGGUGUACCGUCGAACAUGAAGCCGGAUGUAACGGUGAGUAAAGACGGCAGCGGAGGGGAUUAUAAGACGGUGCAAGAGGCCGUGAACGCCGCACCGGACAAUCCAGAGAGUACACGGCGUUUCGUGAUAUAUAUAAAGGAAGGUGUGUACGAAGAAACGGUGAGGGUGCCGUUUGAGAAGAGAAAUGUGGUGUUUUUGGGUGAUGGAAUGGGUAAAACCAUUAUUACCGGUUCUUUAAACGUGAAGAUGCAUGGAGUCUCCACUAUUACUUCUGCUACCGUCGGAAUUAGUGGUGAUGGAUUCAUGGCAAGAGGCCUCACAAUCAGGAACACAGCAGGCCCCGAUGUGCACCAAGCAGUGGCCUUCCGAUCAGACAGUGAUCAUUCCGUCCUUGAAAACUGUGAAUUCAUAGGCAACCAAGAUACUGUCUUUGCUCUCUCUCUCCGCCAGUUCUACAACAAGUGCCGUAUUCAGGGGAACGUCGAUUUCGUCUUCGGGAACUCGGCCUCGGUGUUCCAGGAUUGCGAAAUCUUGGUUGCUCCCCGGCAGUUAAACCCCGAGAAAGGUGCCAACAAUGCGAUCGCAGCUCUCGGUCGAACAGAUCCUGCUCAGUCAACUGGUCUGGUUUUCCAAAACUGCUCCAUCGAUGGAACCAAUGAAUACAUGAGAUUCUACCGUAGCAAUCCCAAAGUGCACAGGAACUAUUUGGGAAGGCCAUGGAAGGAGUUUUCGAGGAUUGUUUAUAUAAACUGUGUUAUGGAAGAUAUUAUUCAUCCGGAUGGAUGGAUGCCAUGGGAUGGUGACUUUGCUUUGAAGACACUCUUCUUUGGUGAAUUUGGGAAUACCGGUCCAGGAUCCGAUCGGUCGAAAAGAGUUGCAUGGAGUUCUGAAAUUCCAUCCCAACAUGUACAUACGUAUUCAGUCCAAAAUUUCAUUCAAGGAGAUCAAUGGAUUCCAUCAUCGUCUUGAUUCUUUUUCCCAUAUUAACUAUAAUUGUAUUGCUCAAU